AACCGGCUCCGUGCGAAAAUAGCAAAGAAAUUAUAUCUAAAUGUGGUCUCACGAUCUGUGGAUUCGAUCAUCGGGUGACCUCCAUUUUCAGUAGAAGUUCUUGUGUUCACCGUUUGGCAAAACUUUUACGAGCAGCACUUUAGUCAUACGUACGUACAAAUUCUACGAGUUUGAUUAUUUUUCAAUGACAAAACGAAUAAAACAUUUUAAAGAUUUUUCAUUUAAAUAAAUAAAAUAAAAUGCAACAUAGUAGGGCGUUUUCGUCUAUAAAGUGCAUAGUACCUCUACUGACAAAUAGAAAGUAUAUACAAUGUGAUAAUAUUAAACUUUGGAAUCAUGGAUCAUUUGCACGCACAUUGCAAUGGUCUGCAACUAGAAUUAUUCAUACAACGACUACUGUUAAAACUUCUGCCAUUGAAAAAGUGAAAUCAAAUAGUACGUUCAAAUGGAUAUUAGAAAAAUUAAAAUUCAUUGAUUUUGAAGGAGCUAAAAUAAAAACACAUGCCUACUCAGAAUAUGAAUAUAUUGUAGAUAAAAUUGAUUAUUCUACAUUUUAUAAAGAUUUUAACAUGGCUGAUACAUUUUUUUCAUGGUUCUUAAUAACAGAAUUACAUGUAUGGAUGUUGAUGGUACGUCUUAUGGCAGAAGGAAAAUAUGGUAAACUAGCUAGAAAUGCCUUAGUAGAAGCAAUGUGGGAUGAUAUAGAAAUAAGAUCAAAAAUGUUAGAAAAAAUUAAUCCAAGUAUCAGAAAAGAACAAAAGGUAGAAUUAUCAUACCAAUUCAAUGCAGCUAUACUUGCUUAUGAUGAAGGUUUAAUGUCUGAUGACAAAGUACUAGCACGCGCAUUAUGGGAAACAUUUUUCAAUUUAGAAUGCAAUAAUCCAGAGGUUAUAGAAAAACUAUUAAUUUAUGUUAGGAAACAGAUUAAUCUCUUAGACAAAAUAUCAUCACAAAAGAUAUUACGACACCCACAGAUAAAAUGGUUAGAACUAAAAAAUAUAAAUAUAAAUAAUAGUUUGUAAAUAUGUAAAUAUACAAUAAAAAAAAAUUCACAGAGAGAUUGUAUGUAAUUAUAUGUAUAGUAUUAUAUGAGAUUUUUCA